AGGUUCCCCAUUUGUAGCGUUGCCUCUUUCUCUUUCUCUCUCUCUCUCUGUGAUUCCUUCCCAACCCCAAAACACGACCCCCCAAUCUAUGAAGAUCAAUACCAGAUCCGGGACACCCACCGUCACCCUCCUCCAACCCACCAUCAAGGGAUCGCCUGUUGCAAGAUCUGAAACCCUAAUCUCCAAUGGAUUUGGGCCGCGAUCCGAUUGGAUCGAACCACAUAAUCCACAAAACCAGAUCGAAAAUGAAACCCUGCAACAUAACUGGUCUCCACCACCUGCCACUAACCCAAAUCUUGUGCAACCUCCAUCCUCGACAGCACAAGCCGUCUGGAUACCCAUGGUUUUCUCUCUCCUCCUGCGUCUUCUCCGACGAAAGCCAGUAGCCGGUUCGGAUCGCCGCCACCUUCCCUCUUCUCUGCGCCGGCAAGCUCUUCCUCCGCCGCUGCCGCGAAAUUGGCCCACGAAUCAGAGCUGUGUUUGUCUUGUAGUUGGAGUGCUUGAGAUUUGCAUUGGAGUCCUGGAUUAAAAAUGAGAGCAAUUACUCGUUCUAUCCAGCAAUUUAGAUCAGCUCUGCGGCGGCAAACAUGUAAUUACUCCACUGGUUUUGUGAGAAGGCGGAAGCUUUUGACAAACAGCUAUUCUGGGUUAGCUCAUGAACUCUCUAACAAUGCCAAAUUCGAUAGAUUUCCACACCCCGCGAAUUUUGGCUCAAGAGCUCUGUCAGUUGAUGCUGUUCAAGUUACUAAUGGAGAUGCAAGCAAAGGAGGGCCACUUGUUGAGUAUGAGCGAAGAAUUGUUGCGGGCGAACUUGUUGAUGGUGAUGCCUGCCAGGAGUAGAUGGUUGUGGUCUCGUUUCAUCCCACAGUCUUCAAAUGCCUCCCCUGUUAAAGGUCUUUAUAUUUAUGGAGGAGUGGGAACUGGAAAAACCAUGUUGAUGGACUUGUUUUUCGAUCAACUACAAUGCAAUUGGAGGAAAAAGAGGAUUCAUUUUCAUGAUUUUAUGUUGAAUGUCCACAGCUGCUUGCGAAAGCACCAGGAUGUAGAAGACCCUCUUGAAGUUGUUGCAGGAGAGAUAUCUGAUGAGGCAGUCUUGAUUUCAUGGUGACUAAUGUUGCUGAUGCAUUAAUACUAAAUCGUCUAUUUGGACAUCUAUUCGACAAUGGCGUUAUUCUUGUUGCCACCUCCAAUCGUGCUCCAGAUAACCUGUAUGAACGUGGAUUGCAGAGGGAUCUGUUUCUGCCCUUUAUUGCUGCUUUGAAGGUUUGUAUCUGGAUGUGAUCUCGAAUCGUAGAGGCGUAAGUUUUUCAAUAUACUCUAACUCUGAGCCUGCUGAAGUUAAAUGUGAAAUCUGGAAUUUUUUUUGUUCUAUUCCCUGUAUGUUUUGAUCAAGCAAACAAUGUGGUUUUUUUGAAAUACUUAGUGCUGCAAGGUGGCUCACUAUAGCAUUUGCACAGGUUUCUUCUCUCUUUCCUAUCUCUAUUAAUGUGGCCUCUUUUUUGUUUCCCCAGCCCUGCAAUGUGGUUUGCAGUAGCUAUUUUUAUGCUGGUGGAGGUGUAUGGUUAUGAUUGAAGAUAUUGGGAAGCAGAUUAAGUAACUAUAAACCUACAAGGUGCAGGACAUUGAUUUACUUGACUAGAAUUUUUGAACUGUAAUUUGUUAUACUUUAUAAAUUUGUUUGCAUAUGGUGUAUUUUGAUUAAGUUAAUAUUGCAUUUGGUGGUGUAUUUUGAGGGGUGUACAAUUGGAGAAAACUUCCUUUUAUUAUUAAUUAAUUUUUUUUUUGGGUUUUUUACAAGUUUUAAGGACACGUUUUGAACGUCCUCUAUGACUCUUUUAAGUGUCCUGUUUUAGUUUUAAGGACACAUAUGAGUGUAUUUUUUGUGUCCUCUUAUGGUUUUAAGGACUCCAUUUUCAGAGCUUUUAGGACACAGUUUGUGUGUCCUAGUAUAGAA